UAGCAAACAGCCCACUCACUCACGACGUUCUUCGUUCUCCGUGCUCAUUUUACUUGUCUGCGACGUUGGACAUGAGGGGUUGACUCAUCGGACUUCUGGCAUGGAUAUCUUCAUUCAGGAUGUCCCAAGCGACAUCAACCAUGUGCAGCUGCGAGUUUUUCUCAAGGACAGGCUCUCACUAUUUGACAUACUGGCGUUCGAUAUUUUCAAGAAGCAUGGGAACCCGUGGGCACUCUUGACCGUGGCCAAAGAAACGAACGGCAACCGCUUCAUCAGAUAUUUCCAAAGUGAGAAGCUCGUGUUCAAUGGCCGGCAUCUCAAAUGCAAGAAGAGCAACAAGAAGGCCGAGGCCCUCAAGAUCAUGUCACUGCUCGACAAAGAAGAAGAGAUGAGGAGGAAGUCAGAGAAACCGUCACUACCGACGUCGCGGCUGUCGCAACCACACUUUGCCUUCACCGACAUGAUGACCGGAGUGUGGAGCUAUAACAAUCUUGGUAAACUAGUUUUUGACCAGAAGUACCAGGACCACCGCCGCGGAACAAUGAUCUUCGGCAAGACAGCUCUCGUGAUCUACCUUGAGAGUAAGAAGGGCGCCUCUGCGGCGGCUGAUUGGAACUGCAGAAUUGACAUUCCAUACGGUAUCUUGGAGCAUACAAUCCCGUCAAGCGAUAGCGGGGGACAAGGCUCCCUGACUCUAACAUUGAAGACGCCACCAAAGAUGUACAGAAUCUUAUCGACCGAUAGCUUGCAUCUAUAUACCGGUGCCCAGUCGAACCCAAUCCCACAGAUGCCAGACCUGGCGGCACUUUCCCUACAGUUAUCGAUGCCACGUCAGCAACCGUUACAUCGACUUUGCGCGCUACAGCGUCAUCACGACAAGAGCGCUGCCCUGUGCAUGGUCUACAAGUUGAGGUUCCCAAGGAUCCAGACCAUGCGAAACGCCUGGAACUUCAUCAAAGAUUUCGCAGUCUCUGAUGUUGAUCUCUGGAAAACAGCGAUACCGCAGAUCAGAACAAAGACCAUUGAGAAGGACUACAAGAUCCUGGAGGUCGCUCUCACUGGCGUUAUUGGACUACACAUCAACUUUGCUGUCGCUUACCAGAUGAUGGCCCUUGUGCUCGAAGGCACUGUCUCGCCUGACAGCAUGACGCAGUUGGUCCCUGGGGUCUGUAUUCUCGCCCGACGCUAUGGCUCAGCAGAAGCUGCAGCUGGCGUGCGUCAACUUGCACAACAGAUUCCCACUCCGGCGCCAAACAUCAACGGAGACCUCUACCGCACCAAAGUCCUGAUCGAUAUGAUCAAGGAAAACAUCACAACCGCACAGGCAGCUGAAACAAAUGUCCUUUCAAGUGCUUCGAAGCGCAAGAGACACGAGCAUCUUGCUUUGACAUACAAGGCUACGGUCACCCCUACGGGUCUUGUCCUCCGAGGACCUGAGUGGGGAGUAUCAAAUCGGGUCCUUCGCCGUUUUUCACAGCAUACUGAAUGUUUCAUGAGAGUGUUUUUUGCUGAUGAAGAUGGACUAUCUGUGUUCCACGACCCGCGUUCCUCGCAGGAAGAGGUCUAUGAUCGGUUUGCUGAUGUCCUCCGCCGCGGAAUUACGAUUGCUGGCCGUACCUUCGAAUUUCUAGGCUUCUCUCACGCAUCGUUGCGAUACCAUGCAGCUUGGUUCAUGAGUCCAUUUGAAGAGAAUGGGGCAACGAUACGCGCAAAGGACGUGAUUCAGGCGUUAGGUGACUUUAGCAACAUACACUGCAGUGCCAAAUGUGCAGCACGCAUUGGACAAGCCUUCAGCGACACGAUCCAUGCUAUUCCUGUCCCAGAGGACGCAUACGUUAUCGAGACAAAGGAAGACGUGGUGAGGAAUGGUCGAACAUUCUCGGAUGGCUGUGGUACUAUAUCGGAGGCUCUGCUCCAGAGAGUCUGGCGUUCUUUGCCACAGGACCGCAGGAGCAAGAGACCAACCGUACUCCAGAUCCGUUACCGAGGUGCGAAGGGGGUUGUUUCGCUAGACAAUGCCCUCCUCGGAGAGCAGCUUCACAUUCGCAAGAGUAUGACAAAGUACGUCGCUCGCCAAGGUUGGCGAGACCUCGAACUCUGCGGCGCAGCAUACAGGCCACUUAACAUGUACCUGAACCAUCAGUUUAUUAAGAUUCUCGAAGAUCUUAAAGUACCGAUGCAAAACUUCUUCUCCGUACAGGACGAUGCACUCAAAGCACUGGAGAUGGUCGUACAGCACCCGCUCAAUGCUGCUUCCUUUCUGGAGCAGGCACACACUGGUGUCCAUGCCAAGGUCCCACGGCUCAUUCAGUUGAUGCAUUACGUUGGACUGUCAUUCCACAUGGACAGGUUUCUGACAGACGUGAUUGAAAUCGCCGCCAUGUCAAGCUUGCGAGAUUUGAAGUAUCGUGCACGUAUUCCAAUCGAGAAGGGCUGCCUUCUGUACGGUAUCAUGGACGAGACCAAUACUUUACAAGAGGGUGAGGUGUAUGUUGCAACACAACUCCCAGAUGAUUAUGGCGAGUGGCAACAUACUGUUAUCAAGAAUGACCGCGUCUUCCUGAGCCGAGCACCUGCUCUUCAUCCAGGCGAUGUUCAGGUUGUGAAGGCAGUGGAUGUGGACCGUGGAAGCCCACUAAAAGCGCUACGGAAUUGUAUUGUCUUCUCUCAGAGAGGCGAGCGUGAUCUACCAUCGCAGCUCAGCGGUGGAGACCUGGACGGUGACCUGUUCCACAUCAGUUGGGACAAGCGCCUUGUGCCUAGCUAUAUCUGCACCCCAGCAGACUACCCACCAACCCCGGCUCUCAAUCUCGGGAGACCCGUAGAAGCCAACGAUAUAGUGGACUUCUUUAUCGAGUUCAUGAACAUGGACCGUUUGGGCGUCAUCUCAAACAAGCACAAAAUCCGAGCCGAUCGCAAGCCCGACGGGACUUGUAACACGGAAUGCUUGACACUGGCACAGCUUGCAUCCGACGCCGUUGAUUUCAGCAAAUCUGGUAAACCUGCCAAUAUGGCAUUGAUACCUCGCGGUGCGGACAGCGUCAGACCAGACUUCAUGUCGCCUGGUCACACAUUCGUAAUCAAUGAUAUGGGUGCUGCGGAGCUCGACCAGGUUGAAGAAGAUGACUUGGAUGAUCCUGAUGGCCUUAGUGUCCUCGAUCCCGAGAAGGCUCGGAUACGAUAUUAUAAGAGCACCAAAGCGCUGGGAGAACUCUAUCGCAGAGUCGAUGAGAGGAAGUUUUUCACCCAGAUGAGAGACAAAUUCCAGGCGGCCCAAAACGCAACGCGACACGAGUCAUUGUUACAGAAGCUGGAUCGAUAUAUCGACAGAGAAACAACAGGUAUCCAAUGGCUUCACCACGAAGACUUCGCUGUCGAGAUGCGGAACGAAUAUGAGGAUAACAUGAUUGACAUCAUGUACUCUAUGCGACCCCACCGUGGGGAACCCUUGACUGAGAUCGAGGUCUUCUCCGGCAACAUCCUGGGCAAAAAGCAGCGUGCAUCAAGCCGACACAUCCGCGAGGCCAAUCUAGAAGUUCAGGAGCGAUUCGACCGCGACGUCAGCGAUAUCACUGGACGCAUGGUCCGCGGUGAUGGAGACUGGGAGGGUGCAGACGACCCCGAGGCCUUGCCGCGUGCGAUUGCUUGCUUCAAGAUCAGCCUCGAAACAAAGGGAUGGGAGAACGAGGUCGUGUUGCGGAGCUGGAAGUACGUUGCUGCAGCGGUGUGCUUGGAGCAGCUGAACGUGUAUAAGUUCGGUAUACUGAGGCCGUUGUGAGAUGGUGUCAAAGGCGCACGCAUUGCGUUGUCAGUUGCAUUCAGGUUCAUAUCGUUUGUGGUAUUGGAAUCUAGUACAGUAGACGCGUUUACACCGCUCUGAUGUAUCGCAAUUUCGGGUUUGGACAUCUGAAUAAUCGCAAUGCGACUUUCUUUCCAUUUCG